GACCCUUGCUUUGGAUAACCAGCGAUGCUCCCGACCCUUCCGAUUCGGUAAAAAAAAAAACAAUUAUAAUUCUCAGUGUUACAUUUCACAGUUGGGAUUAAUUCGUUGCUGCAUUUACAGCGCAUGCGCACGGAGACAGCCGGGGCCCGUCUCGACGGUGGGGAAAAAGUUGCGUGUGUGUGUGCGUGUGCGUGUGUGUGUCCGUGCGUGCGUGCGUGAGCGCGUUUAAAAAUGAGCGAGUAACAGGCAGAAGCGGGUGUGAGGAGUUCAGUGGGCGAAUCACCGACUGAAUCAUAUCAGCAAGAUGAAUUCUGGGACUGGUGUCUUUUCUAAUGACAUCUGGUAAGAAUAAGCAGAAGAUAUGAUAUGUGGGUACGAGCUGCGCUGAGCCACUGAUGCCAUGCUGAACUUCAGAAGAGGAGCAGCUGAGAAAUAGAGGGGGAAAAAAGAUGGAUGACUGUCUUCAAGGGAGUCUGAGUGUUUUGGACCGCCUCCUUCUCACACACUCCAUCUGGCUCCAGCUGUCAAUCAACCCUGACUCUGCCCUCUGCAUCCUGCAGAGAGAGAUCGUUGGGACUUUUCUGGUGUCUAAGUGUACAGUCACUCAGAGGAAAGUGCUGUGUGUGAGGGUUCAGGAGAGCAAUGUGUGUGUUGCACAAUAUCCCAUUCGGGAGGAAGACUCCACUUUCUCUCUGGAGAGCUCAGCCCUGAGUUUUCCUGAUUUGUGCAGAUUAGUGGCCUUUUACUGCAUUAGCAGGGAUGUGUUGCCUUUCCCACUUGAGCUUCCUGAAGCUAUCGCACAGGCAACCAACCACACACAGCUAGAGAACAUCUCACACCUUGGUUUAGAGUUCUGGAGUUCUCAGGCCUCCCCUGCCCCCCCUAACGGCCCUCCUGCGGUAUCUGUGAACUGGUCAUCCAGGCCGCGAUCGCCAUGUUUCAUCAACCCCCUCUUCCUUCAGCCAUCCCAGCCAAGUCGAGAAGCUUCACACAAACGCCACAGAUUGAAACGCAGUCUGCGAGUCCGCGUGUCCACCGAAUCGUCGUUCUGCCUGACCCCCGGAGACUCGGAGUGGAGCCAGGGCGACACGGACGAGCUGAGGAGCAACGAGAGGACGACACGGAGGGCAGGGGGUCUGAGCAUGCUGAGAAGGACUCCUGCUCUGGUACCUACCUCAGAAGAAGAGGAUGAGCAGAUGCUGGGAGAGGUGCCUCCAACAUCAGCCCCACAGCCAGAUAAAGCAGAGCUUAAAGACCUACAGCAGGACGAGGGGCUCUGCUUGUCACUGGAGCGACGUCAUGCUCCGUCUCUCGCUGAACUGGACAGCAACAGUUCCUUCAGCAGCCUGGAAGAGGAUGAGUCGCAGCCGGAUUCAGCCCUGCAGUGGCCUCCCCUUACACGGGGAACCCGAUUCCCUGUCGCCAACCCUGCCUCCACCCUACGCCGCAUGAGUGCUGCGUUCGUGUGUGUUUUUGCUCCUGAGCGCCGUGUAGCCCGGCUGGUUGACGAGCUGUCCCGAGAAAGGCGAUCUGCCUUCGGAUCACUGGUCCAAGAUUUUUUAAUACAACAGAAGGAAGAAAUGAAGGUGCGGAGUUGGAGCUCGGCCGUGGAGCUGCUCCAGGGAUUGAGGAGGUUCCUUUCCCAGGCCAAGAGUUUGCUCCUGGAGGCUGGAGAACUGGAACCUCCCAUAGAGACCCUGGUGCCUGAGAAUGAGAAAGAGCUGGCGUUGGAGAAGGCAUUGUUUGGUUGUGUACUGAAACCUCUGAAAGUUCAGCUGGGCCAGAUACUGCUAUCGCUCCACACGCAGGAUGGCUCUCUCCAGAGAUUCACAAAUAGCCUGCAGGCCUAUCAGGAGGGGGCGCUGCAGCGCCUGGGUGUACGUGUGGCGGUCGUAGAUGCUCAAGGUGUGGAGAGAGCGAAGAAAAAGCUCACUCUAAUGCAAAGAAGCCACUCGCCUAUAGACAAAGUGCUGCUUCUGCUACAGGUGUGCAAGAGCGUGUACAAGGCCAUGGGAGUGCAGCCUGAACAGGAAUUCAGUUCGGAAGAUUUCCUUCCUGCUCUGUCCUACGUGGUUGUUCAGUGUAACAUCCCACAACUGCUCCUGGAGACAGAGUACAUGAUGGAGCUGCUGGAGUCGUCUUGGCUGUCAGGAGAAGGUGGGUACUACUUGACAAGCAUCUACGCCAGCCUGUGCCUAAUCCAGAGCCAGCCUGGUACCCCGUGUCCUGGUGGGUUGACCAAUGAGGCCCAGGAGACUCUGAGAGAAUGGAGCAAGAGACGAUCCCAGGAGGCCAAACUCCAUAAAGAGAACCAGCAGAAUCAGAGGUUUGUGCGUAUUCUUUUCCAGAACACUGAGUGUUGUGCAGCACGUACUCUUCAAUGGAAAGCAGGCGAGAGCGUGGAAGUGUUAACCCGAACCUGCGCAGAGGUGUUUACUGUAAACGAGCCACAGCAUUAUUGUCUGUUCUGGAGGAAUGGAGGUGAGAUGCAUCCUGUUCCUCUACACACACAGCCUCAUGAGCUGGGUGCCCCCACCCUAUCCUACCUCCGCAAAGAUCACGAUUUCAGCAAGAUGCGCAGGCUGACCAGAGGUGGCGCUGUGGAUCUUGAAGAGUCUGCAUGUGAGGAGUAAGGACUUGACUGUACUUUGCUGGACCCAUUUUCCAAAGUGAUGUGAUAUGAGGGACUACGAGGAAAGUGUGUGUGUGUGUGUGUGUGUGUGUGUGACUGUUUACUUCAAGCCAGGCAAGAACUGAUGGUCAUUAAGUUUCCACGUUUCCAUGUCAGUGCGCCGCUGAAGAUACAGGAAGCUCACGACUCAAAGGUGAAAGUCCACUAAAUGGGGAACUUGGUAAUAAUGCAAUAGUUGCCAGUAAAGGGAUCACGAACUAGCCUACUUUUGAAUCACCUGCUACACAAAAUAUAAAUCCUUUAUGUGUAGUCUAGUUGUCUUUGAGAGUAGUUGCCAAGAUUCACUGCUGAAUUAAUCAAUACCAAAGUGUUGAACAUGAUUCCUUAAUACAGCAUCUUUUUUAACAGGUGGAUGAAUAUAUAAGUAUAUAUAUAUAAAUAUAUGUAUAUUAUGUACAUUUAAAUGUACGCAUCUGAGAUGCCCCAAGUGUCGGUAUUCUAUAGAGUCAGAAAAAAAAAAAGGCUCUUUCAACUGUAUUGUAGUGCUUUAAUAUAUAUUUAGGAGAAAACAAAACAUUUCCGGGCUUGUAAAUAGAUAUUUCCAGUGUUUUGAGGUUGUCUCUGGUAUCUUUUUAAACAGUAAACUGGAAAAUUGUACUGUAUUUUUGAGCUCUUUCAUUUCUGCUCCGUCCUGACCGAAUGAAAUAACGUCAGACCUGAAAGACUUGGGUACAUUGCAUUGUGUUUGAAUUGUGUAAACAAUCUCCAAGAUGAUUCUGCUGAUUUUAUCUAUCUAUCUAUUUAUUUAAUUAAUUAUUUUUUUGUUAUGGUGAAUUUUCCAGUCGUUCCUUUCUGCAGAUGUGGCUGGACCGUGCAGCUGUACCGUGUUGCAUUCGCUGAAUGUGCUUUAACUGGUAACACCCCAUGGUGCGUUAAGUGAUCACAUACACAUGCUAUAUGGAUUGACUGGUUUUCGCUGUGUGAACUGACCGUCUUAUCCUGUUUUACUGGAUCUCACGCAGACGCUGAACUCUGUAACACUUUAUUGCCAUGAUGUAUCGUAUGAUCUUAUUCUACUUAAGUGUUCAUUUUAAAUUUUAGUGAGGAACAUUUCAACAAUUAUUGCGAAUGGACUUUAUAUUUGGAAUGACGUGUUUGAAAUAUUUGAUCUCUGCAUGCAGCCAGUUGUAACCGGGUGUCGCCGAUAUCAUAUUGCGCAUGUUUGAAGUGCAAAUCUUAGCUUUUUUUCCUCCUCAUUGCACUGGAAUGAAUGUGCUGUAUUUUUCUUCGGUAACAAAUAACAUUAAAUCUUUGUGGAUGCUAAGAGUUAAAGAGCUGUUUUACUUUCUUUUAUUAUGGACACUCGGGCAAGAUUGUGGAGAUUUGCAGGAGUUUAGUUCAACUUUUUUUGUGUACACUGAUGUUGUAUUUCUGUUGUUGUUUAAUGCCACUGUAGUGGAGAAUGAUGAGGUUAAUGCAGAAGUACAGAAAGCUUGGUAUUAAUUAACACACACUUGCUGUGUUAAAACCAAAGCUGGGCACAGAUACGCGAGUGUGUAAUGUUAUAGUACAUCUACCAAAGUGAGUGACACUGUGGCUUGAUAUUAGGCCAGGCAAUCUGUCUGCAAUGGCAGAUGCAGACGCCCGAGGCUUGAGAUUUAUCCUGUAAUCAUGUCUUUAGAGUAUGAUUCACAAUUGUGAGUGGUGACACAGCCUAUAUGCAGACUUUCUGACUGUCUGGCAGCAGUUACCUUAGUAGUAAAACUAGGGAUGCUUCACAUCAGUCCAUUUUAUUGUUGCCUGUCAUCCAUGAACAUUAAUAGUACUGACAGAAAUGUGUGUGCACACCUGAGAAGAGUUCUUCUAGUGGACGUUUUGUCCCAUGACGUAGUUUCCCUACGAAAAGAGAAACUGCAAUGCCAGAAGCCACACAGUACAGAGUGGUGAGGCAUGUGGAAAGUUAAAAGACUUGAGACUCGAUGUUGGCAUAUCAACGUCUUUGAAACGUUGACUGUGUCUAGUGCUGCAACAUUUUCAGGAACACCUGAGGGGGUUGCAUCAUAAAGGAGCUGCUUGUAAUUUCUGUUCCUUCAAACCAUCCAACCCCACCCAGUCUGCUGAAAAUGCCUUUUAAGGAAUAAGGCGAAGAAGUGAGCAGCUUUGUUUUGGAUGGCAAAUGUAUUCAAGGUAUAUAUUUGAAAAGAAAUAUGAUUUAGUUCUAAUGUUAAAACAGUUAGAAUAAGGAGUAAAAUAACAAAAACUGAUUACACGAGGCAUGACGCUCGGCUACUCGUUUGAACAAAAUUAUACUGGACUCCUUUUUUAUUCUUAAUUACAAAUACAAAAUAUUUUUUGAACAGCUUACAGACACUAAAAACAGUGAGACGCCUGGAGUUAUGAAAGUUUGGACCAUUUUAUAGUCAGAAAAAUAUUAGCCCAUGAUUCACUAUAUCCAUAUUUCCUAAGGUUCCUUAUAUCUAUUGAAGCAAAACAGUGUGACAGUAUAGUGCUUGUGCAUGAAUGCAUUUCUGUUUUCAUAUAAGACGUGGAUCAUUUUGUUGCUCCGAGUUUAUCGAGCACUUUCAGGCCUUUUUCCUCAUACUCAGCUCUGGACAACCAGAAUGAAUCUUUAUCUUUCAUGAUGUUGGCCAGCACGGCUCCGCCCAUGAACA